AUGCAGGGCGUGGCCAACAUCACCAGAGUUCUUGGUGGGCCCUGGAGGAGCCUUGCCAGCGAGGGGCCGUGGGCAUUACGCACAUCCAGCACGGGCUUUGAGGAGCCUGGUGAGGAUGUUGUGCACUUGCAGCCACGGUGUGACCACAAGACGUGCGAACUGGUUCCACGGAGGAGUUUCGAUGUUGGACGUGUUGAUGGCUUUGUAACGUGGCCGACUCAGCGGUCAUGGAUCUUCACUUUCGUGGGAGAGGAGGAGCCCCUGCAUGGAUUUCGUUUGGAUGCCGAUGCGGGGUCGGUGAAGUUCAUUGAUUUGGAGCUUCCCAGGCUCUCAAUAGGCGAGCGAUGGCUGGGCGGCUGUGUGAUGAGUGAAACGUUGUACCUUCUUUACCUUGACACUCUUGGCCAAAGGUCCAUGCCAAGAGCCGGCAUUCGACGAACAAGUCUCGAGCACGCCCAGAGAAUGAGCUUCGGGCCCUGA